AUGGCGGGGGGAUGCUUCGGCCUGUGCCGGCUGCUCCGGGGGAAGAGGAAGAACAGGAGAGGCCCUGGAGCUGGCCCAGCACAGGAAGCAGAAGAGGAGGAGGUGCAGCACUUCCAGCCACUGCAGCAGGAUCCAGGCCGGGACCGCCCAGAAGAGCAGGACCGCGCCCGUGGCCGCUUGCGCAGGGCACUUCAGAGGUUGCUGAAAUUCAUGGGUGUUCGGCGCAGAAGAGCCACGACCGCACCGCCUGAGCUCACGGCACAGCCUGACACCAGCGCAGCCGAGCUCGAGGCGGAGCCUGAUGGCAGCACUGCACCAAGGGAUUGUGCAGCCAGCAGUGACAUGGCACCCAUUGAUUGUGCAGCCAGUGGUGACACGGCACCGACCGAUGGCACAGCAACCACGGACGUGUCCGCGAUUGAUGGCACAGAAACCACCGCCAUGGCAGCAAUUGAUUGUGCAGCCAGUGGUGACAUGACACCCAUAGAUGGCACAGCAACCUCAGACACAGCAGUGACCGAUGGCACAGAAACCACCGACAUGGCAGCAGUCGAUUGCGCAGCCAAAUGUGACGUGGCACUGGUUGAUGGCACUGACACCUUUGACAUAUCACAGAUCGAGGGCACAGAAACCUCUGACACAUCACCAGUUGAGGCCACAGAAACCUGUGUCCUGGCACCAGUGGAAGGCACAGCCACCUGUGACACCGCGCUGGCUGACACCGACACAAGCUCUGACACGGCACCAACUGAUGUCAGGGCCCAGGCUGAUGCCACGACUGAGGGCAUCACAGACAAUGACUGCGUGUCCACGCACUGUGUGACUGAUGCUCACAGUCUGGGCCUGGCAGAACCUGACACCAGCACAGCCAAGCUCAAGGUGGAGCCGGAUGUCAGCACUGCACUGACUGAUUGUGCAGCCAACGCUGUCAUGGCACCAGAUGAUGGCACAGCAACCUCUGACGUGGCAGUGGUUGAUGGCACAGAGACCACCGACAUGGCA